CCCCCCCCCCUGUUCUUGUGACCUUUUGAUCAGAUAGGCGAUUUGCUUACAAGUCUACUCCCGAACGUACGGUAAUUAACUCACUGCGGACUUUAACCAGUUUGUAUGCCUUCAUGAAAUGUACAUACCAGGGUCAUGAUCACUGAUCUGUGUUAAAAAAUAUCAAUAACAGAUCAGCAGGUGUGUAGCCAGCAACACUGGACCAGAGCUAACAUGUCGCCUCGCAUAGCAGUGGUAACUGGAGCGAACAAAGGCAUUGGUCUGGAAAUCGUGAGAUCCCUCUGUCGCCAUUACGGGCAGGAUGGCAUCGUUUACCUGACCGCUCGCAAUGAAGGGCGUGGCCUGGCAGCUGUUGAGCUCCUCAAGAAAGAGGGACUCGAUCCAAGAUUUCAUCUUCUUGACGUCACCGACAACGAAAGCAUCGAUGAACUACGGAAUCACCUGGAGAAGGAACACGGCGGGAUCGAUAUUUUGAUCAACAAUGCCGGAGUUACGCCCGUUCAGUAUGCAGACCUACCCAACUAUGAGCGAUCACUGUGCGUUAUGAAAACAAACUUUUUUGCCGUUCUAGCAAUUUGCCGGAGUUUAAUGCCCCUGGUUCGACCAAAUGGAAGGAUCGUUCAUGUUGCAAGCUCGACGGCGUAUCUUUUAUUCAGAGAAGAUUUCGACGAGGAAAUGAGGAACCGAUUUCGACAGGCAAAUUCAGUUCAAGACGUUGUGGAUCUGAUGGAUGAAUAUCUAAAAUUCUGCAAAGAAGGGACAUUAGAAGAACACGGAUGGACAGAUCAGCCAUACCGGGUAGCCAAACUCGGCGUCAUCGUAUUAUCUAAGAUACAAGCAAGGAAAUUAAUAUCUGAACAGGAAUCACCGCAGGAUAUCCUUGUCAAUGCGUGUUGCCCAGGCUUCGUAUACACCGAUAUGUCUGCACAUUUGCCAGAUGAUUACUUUGGAGGAACGAGAAUUACAACCGUAGAGGGCGCCGAUACUCCUGUUUUUCUCGCGCUUCUCGCCCCUGGCGCAGAGGGCCCAAACGGAGAGUUCAUUUUUCGAAGAAAGUCCUAUGAUUUUCUCCACACCGAUGUAACAUUGAUUAUUUGAUUAAUUUCUUUUAUUUCUACAUUCAAUGCAUCAGAUAUAAAUUUAGAAGGUAAUAUGUACAAAUGAAAUACAUAACAUAUUCAUUAUUUUGGUAGUAUAAGCAUUAGAUCAUUGGCAUUUAGACAAAAUUAGUCAAUAAACAAAAAAA